GUUGGUGACGUCACGAAAGGACAAAUCGGUUUACCGCGAGGUCAUUCGGCCUCUCCGAGCAGCCGGUUGCAGCUAAGCGGAGUCGCCAUCUUAAAGACACUGAGAGACUCCGCCAGCAGGCAGGACACCACCAUGUACCCGACCGCCCUGACGCAGCUGGCCCGGGCCAACCCGUUCAGCGCUCCCCUCUUCACCCUCCAGAAAGUGGAAGAACCCCAACAGACCCUCCAUGGACAGAGGACCCGCACACUGGCGGCAGCCGCCACCUCAGAAGAGAGUUUCAGCUGCGAGUUUGGCUCCCAAAAGUACUAUGCCCUGUGUGGCUUUGGGGGUAUCCUGAGCUGCGGCAUCACACACACAGCAGUGGUGCCCCUCGACCUUGUCAAGUGCCGCCUGCAGGUGAACCCAGAUAAGUACAAGAGCAUCGGCAACGGCUUCUCAGUGACAGUGAGGGAAGAUGGUGUCAGAGGCCUGGCAAAGGGCUGGGCUCCCACCUUCAUCGGCUACUCCAUGCAGGGACUCUGCAAGUUUGGCUUCUACGAAGUGUUCAAGGUCCUCUACAGCGACUUGCUGGGAGAGGAGAACACCUACCUCUGGAGGACAUCACUGUACCUGGCAGCCUCAGCAAGCGCAGAGUUCUUUGCAGACAUCGCUCUGGCUCCCAUGGAGGCUGUCAAAGUUCGUAUCCAGACCCAGCCAGGCUACGCCAACACUCUCAGACAGUGUGUCCCCAAGAUGUACGCAGAGGAGGGACUCUGGGCCUUCUAUAAGGGUGUGGUGCCCCUGUGGAUGAGGCAGAUCCCCUACACCAUGAUGAAGUUUGCCUGCUUCGAGCGCACUGUGGAGAUGCUCUACAAGUAUGUUGUUCCUAAGCGCAGCGAGUGCAGCAAACCUGAGCAGCUGGUGGUCACCUUCGUGGCCGGUUAUAUCGCUGGUGUGUUCUGUGCCAUCGUGUCCCACCCUGCUGACUCCGUGGUGUCCGUGCUGAACAAGGAGAGUGGCAGCACUGCUUUCCAGGUCCUCAAGAGGCUGGGACCCAAAGGUGUGUGGAAGGGUCUGAUCGCCCGUAUCAUCAUGAUCGGUACCCUGACCGCCCUGCAGUGGUUCAUCUACGACUCCGUCAAGGUCUACUUCCGCCUGCCCCGCCCCCCUCCCCCCGAGAUGCCAGAGUCCCUGAAGAAGAAGCUCGGCCUCACAGAGUAACCUCCUCCUCCUCCCCUCCACUGAGCCGCAGCCUCCGACACAUCUGAACCCCCCAAACUUCUACAGCGCACACAGCAGUUUUCUAUAUUUAUGUCCUCAGCUCCUACAGCUCUGCUCAGAGCACAGGGCUGCUGCUACUCAUGUAUAUUUAAAAAACCCUAAAAAACAAGCAAGGAGAGAAGAUGGAACUGUCGCUCAGGCAGAAAUAUUCCUCUGUAGAAACACCCGUCUGGUUUUAUCAAGUCCUGUCAUUAGAGAACGAUUGAAACUCUAAUAAAAUAAUUAAAUUCCCUGGAAAA